AUGGAAUAUGUCAAUCUCGGCAAGUCAGGACUCAAGGUCUCCAAAUUGAUACUUGGUUGUGCCCAGUACGGUUCGGGUGCAGACUGGAUGAUUUCGGACCAUGACGAAGGUGUCAAGCAGCUGAAAUAUGCCUAUGACCAAGGUAUCAAUACUUUCGACACUGCGAAUGCAUACUCUGCUGGUGAAAGCGAGGUCAUCCUUGGAAAGUUUCUCAAGCAGCACAAUAUUCCUCGAGAGAGCGUCGUGAUUCUCACGAAGACCUACAACCCCGAUGGCAAUGCAGAAGCUCGAGGACCUGCAGGAUUGAACAAUCAUCGCGGAUUGAACCGCAAGCGAAUCAUUGCGUCUGUCAAGGGAUCCCUUGUACGAUUAGGACUGGACUACAUCGACCUUCUCCAAUGUCACCGAUUUGACAGCGAGACCCCUAUCGAAGAAACCAUGGAAGCUCUCCAUUGGGUCGUCCAACAAGGUUGGGUCCGGUACAUUGGAAUGUCAAGUUGCUGGGCUUGGCAAUUUCAGCUCAUGCAAACCUAUGCCCUCAACAACCGUUUGACUCCCUUCAUUUCGAUGCAGAACCAGCACAGCGCCCUUUACAGAGAGGAAGAACGAGAAAUGAUGCCUUGCAUCAAGCACUACGGCGUAGGCUCUAUCCCUUGGUCACCCGUCGCAGCAGGAAUCCUCUGCCGACCUUUCAAGGACAUUGCAUCGACGGAACGAGGUAAAGGGUACAAAGACAGCAGAGGGGCAGGCGCCCAGCCCGCUGAUAAGGUAAUCGUCGAUAAAGUCGAGGAGAUCGCCAAGAAGCGAGGGGUCACCAUGGCUGAAGUGGCUGUUGCUUGGUCUUGCUCUUCGCCUUGGGUGACAGCACCUAUCGUUGGCAUAAGGGGUAAUGAGAGACUCGACGAGCUCAUCAAGGGGAUGAGUCUCAAAUUGACUGAGGAAGAGAUCAAGGAGAUCAAUGAGCCUUACUUGCCUGUUCCUGUUCGAGGUCAUCAGUAG